CGAUGGCUCGGCAGGAUGCUUCCCCUCGCCCCUCCGGCACUAUGCCCAAUUACACUGCGUAUAUCUUGGAACUCUGCGAGGACUUCGAGAUCGAUUGAACAUAGAUAGACGAAGCUACGUGUCCCUCCCACCGUUCAUUGUCUGCGUUUUCGUCUCAUCGUACCGUUCUCCAGCAGUUUCAGCAACCUCUUGAUGAAGCCAGCCUUACUCUCUACUGCCUACGGCCAACGACUUUUGCCCAUGCGCGCUCCUGAAAUUGCGAUCUUGGUUGGACCUACCAAACCCAUUCCAUCCUGGCAGAUCGAAUCGCCGAAGUCUACUAGUCGCGGAAGCUUUGAAAACCGUCACACUUCAGCGUCGAUUUUAUCCACAAGGGGCCUACUUACUCACCCAAGCGUCGCGGGAAUUGCCCCUCUCGACUCGAGAUACUCACAUAGCCCUAGGCGCUGCUUCUGUGGCGAAUCCGACGCCCUUCGAUGCCCACAACCACUGCAAGAUACGAAGCCUGUAUCGCAAGAACAUUUUACAAAUUAUCAUUGACCGUUGGGACUCUGUCGAUGAGAUCCGAGAUUUCUAUCUGCCCUUUGCUCCGCCCAAGCUCCGCCUCUAAAUCGUUCGCCCGUUACCAAUGCGCUGUUCGCAUAUUUUUCCCAGUUCGGCGUUAAGAGGCAUACUACUGUCCCCAGGAUGCGCACUGCAGGGCCGCGCUGCCUGCUCGACUACGGGAGUCCGCCGUUCUCGCGACGGUUCACCUGUCCCCCGCCACAACAUCCGAAGCUGUACGGGUA